AUGUCACAAGCCGAGACUGCCAUCCCUGGCUAUGGCCCUCCAAUGCGGUUGGAUAGGACGGCUCAAGGAGGUGGUGUCGCUGUCUGGGUGAGCAACGACCUAGCGGCCAUUGAGCUAGGCAUGGUUCCCCGUGACAACCAGGAGAUCAUAAUAUUAUGGUUCACCGCCCGUCUGCGAUGUGGCCGAACAGCUGUUGUUGCUGCCCUGUACAGGCCUGGUAGUGCUCCGGAGGGUGACACCAGCCUCAUGGAGUACCUUGAUCGCACUCUCGAUGCUGCCCGAUGUCAUGGUACCCAGUUGAUCCUUGCUGGAGACUUCAACGUCCACAGCACCGACUGGCUUCAUAGUACAAAGACAACACCUGCUGGCGAAGCAAUGGAGGAGCUCAGUGCUGCUCAUCACCUCACCCAACACGUGCUUGAGCCAACCAGGGGCAAUAACACCCUGGACCUGGUCCUUUCCGACUUUGACACCCCGGUCAUGUCUACUGUGCACCCACCUCUCGGCCGAUCUGACCAUGCCAGUGUGAUUACCGACUUCCUGCGUGCUCCACCACACCGGGAGCCUCCAACCUCGAGGUGCGUGUGGCGCUAUAAUUUGGCUGACUGGCCACGUUUAAAGCACUUCUUCCGGCAAACAGACUGGUCCUCUAUCAUCACUGACAACAUUGACCUGUCAUGCGAGCGGCUGACUGGCAGGAUCUCUGAGGGCAUGACAACGUUCAUCCCGUCCAAGAGCCUCAAGCUGCACAGUACUGACCCAGUGUGGUGGACACCAGAGUGCACCGAAGCCACCAAGAGGAAGCGAAAUGCAUGGAAGCGACUCCGUCUGCAUCCAGCAGAUGCACAACUCCAACUAGCUUAUACCCAAGCCACAGCCACUGCCUCAGCAUGCCUUCAGAGAGCUGAAGAUACCCAUGCAGCAGCCAUUCGUGGAAGGCUCGCAGCAGGUGGUUUAUCCAGUCGUGAAUGGUGGUCCACUGUCAAGCGUGCCGGUGGGUGUGGGCGUAGCCAUGAUAUCCCUACCCUCAAGGAGGAAAACGGUGAGGAGCUAACCACCAGUAAGGACAAAGCAGAGAGCUUUGCCCGCUACUUUUCAGCGAAAUGCAGCCUUGGUGAUGACCUUGAUGCCAGCAACCUCCCGUAUGUACGCCCGCGAUCUGAUGCUUGUCUGAGUACCAUCCACUUUAGGCCACGAACGGUAUGCCGUGAACUGAGGAAGAUUGUCCCGUCCAAAGCCACUGGCUCGGAUGGUGUACCAGGAUGA